AUGUACCAUCACAAUCACGCAUUCGCCAAACUCUUUCCAAAUAUGCCCAAAGUAAUAGGCCGAUUCUCAUUCGAAGUGAACUCUGUCUUCGAUGAGAUAAGGCCUGUUUAUCGAGCCAGUAAAAUAAUGGGCAUUUUUCUCGAUACUAUUGAUUAUGAAAAACAAGAGAUUAUUCGUACGACGCAAGAUCAGGUUAUCCUAGUGUGUGCUGUUUCGUUAGAUUUGUACGCGCUAAAAGUGUCCAUCAGUCAGCCAUUGCAGUAUUCCGACUCUAUUCUCCUUAAUGCUGGAAUGUAUUGCUCGGUGAUUCUUGGUUUUCUAGUGUCGUUAUGUGUUCCCUUAUGCAACCGUUUCUUUGGACGCCGAAUACAUCGCGUGUUCAAAACGUUAUACGUAGUGGAUACCGUCCUCUUGGAAAAUGGCUACAAAAUGAACCAUCAACUGAAUCUACUGAUCAGUUGCAUUUACCUCUCCAUUCCCAUCCUAACAAAUGUUUUAUUAUGUUUUACUGCGGUGCUUCUAAUAUUAUCUGGCCAUCCUGUGUCCCAGCUUGGGGUGCUCGAUUUCGUAGUAUUCUUGCGAUCGUCACUGGCAUUCACUAUUUUCGGUACCUUUUCGUGCAUAGCUUUAACAUCAAUUUAUGUGCGUUUCAAGGCACUCAAUAACGUCAUUCGCAAGAAGUUUACCUCAAAUAUUUCGGAUUCUACUCUAACCAAAAACACUGAAGAUGACGCGAAUAUCAUCUCUAGCAUACGGUGUUAUGGAGAGAUACACGAAAAACUCUGUGAUGCGGUACAGGAUUUCAAUCACUGCUUUUCUUUGCAAAUACUGUGCAUGAUGGCAUCUGCGUUUGGAUUCACGCUAUUUUCUAUAUUCGGAAUUAUUCACGACUUUUCACAACUGACCGCCGAAAUGGACCAUAAUGUGACCUUCAAUAAUAUUGUGUAUGGUGCUAUCUACUUAUCGUUCAUUGUAACGGUAGUAAUCACUGGAAGUCUGGUAUCGAGUGAGGGCAAAAGGACAGCGGUGAUGGUACACAAAGCAAUAUGCUAUCAAUUCUAUGGAGAAGCAGUUAUUAAACAGAUAAAAUUCCUUUCACAACAACUGUCGAACAGCAAUUCUCAGGUUUCCUGUCUUCUUUAUGAUUUUCAGUGGAGUUUUCUUGUUUCGGUGAUUGCUUCUCUAGUAAUGCACAUUGUAAUUUUGGUUCAAUUUGACAUUGCAGAAAUUGCAAGUAAAGUAUGAAUCCAGCAGAACACUUAAUGAAUAAAUUAAAAUCUUUCUAUGAUAUUGCUUUUAAUGUGAAAAUUGUUUUAUGUUGUGUAAUGCGUUAGUAUCAGCCAACAGAAAGAUAGUCAUUGAAUGAAGGCGCUAUUGGAGUUGAGUUCAGAUUUCUUAAAAGGAAAAGGCUGUCAUUUAUCAACGUACGCCACAUUAAGCAUAGACGAAUACCAGGAAGAUUAAUGUGUCCCUGUGCCGAAGCAUGCGAGCAUCGCUGAAUCUCACAUCUAUUUACACAGGGCACACAGUGGGUUGCCAGCAAGGACAGAUCAUUUGAUAACAUCACAUUUCAGCUCAACGCAGAAGGGACGCUACAUCGAAAGACACAUUUCCUAUUGCAGAUGCACUAAACCCAUUGUAACGACGGAUCAAAGCCAUCCUGCAUUACUUCACAUAAAAUGCAACAAAUCGUCGUAUUGCUCUUCGUUGCAAGCGAAGCAGCAGCCCGGGAGCUGAGCAUCUGUAUUGCGUGCAUCUUAGAAAGGACAUUAGACCCGAGUAGCCAGUGAUGGCUGUUUCGUGGCUGACCUAAAAGAUGCUCUGACCGAACGGUUCUUACGCUUUAGCUGCUUUACUCGAAUGAACAUUCACAUUUCAAGAAAAGCAUGGCAGAGCUGAUACGCUAUCCGCACAAGUUAAUGGAAAUCUGCCAGCCCGAUCUGGGGCUGACAAAAGCGACAGGAAAUUCAUCACGUAGCAACGCUCCCUGAUCAACAUUCACCCAGUUCCUUUUGCACAAGGCGUGUGCAGAUGAUGGUUGCUAUGUUCGAUGCAAUUCAUCCCAAGCUGUCAAACCACAUCCGGACUAGUUGUCCUAGUUUGUCAUCUAUUAUACGAACCAGGAUUGCGGAAGUUCUUUUAUAGAGAAUAUUUUAUUCUUUUUCUGGUUAAUCUAGUGUUCUUGAA